UGUCAUGUGCAAUAAGCUUAUGACAAAUUUCAAGUUUUUAUUUUUACAACUUAUUUUACAUUUUGCACAAGCUGAUAUUUUUUGAAUUUAGAAGCAAAUUUAUUCUUGAAGCAAUCACACAUCACGGUUAAAAGAAAAAUUAAAAAUGGUUAAUUCGUGGAUUCUGAAAUUAUUGGGUAUCGUUCUCUUGUUCAUUACGGGAAUAUUUAAUUAUUAUAAGGAAAGUGUCGGCGAGGAAAAAAAUGUGUCUACUAAGUACAGCGAUGAAAAUACAACGCCUCUUUUUACUAUUAGUUCGGAAACAGUGCCCAAAGUACAAACAGUGUCUAACAAAAAUCUAAGGCUGUAUGAAAAGGAAAAUGCAUCAUUGAAUAACAUUCAAACAAAUCGAAAAAGUUUUUACGAUAAAGAUUUUAUAGAAUAUUUGAAUAAAACUAAUAAAAACUUUGGAACAAAAAAUUUACAAUUCAUAAGUUAUUUGAAAUCAGUUAUUCUAUAUUUUGAAGGGAUUAAUCAAAAUGAUAACUGCUAUGCAAUUUCGAACAUCGAUGAUUUUCAAAUUCAUGAAUCGAAUUUGAUGAAAAUAAUUAAUUUCAUCGUAGAAAAUGCAAUUAAUUUUCAUUUUUAUUAUAAUGGUUAUAAUUUUACCAUUUCGGACGAGUCAAAAAAGAUAAAUGAAGAAAAGUUGAAAUUAAUGACAUCAAAAUGUGAAUUACCAUCUAAAGAAAAUGGAGAAAUAUUUUUAGCACUCUCGAUGUUUUUUAAAACAUAUUUCAAAUAUUUCUUUGCAAUGCAUAUAAAUCCUAAUUACGAUGACUGCUAUUUUGAUAGUCUUCUGAGUUUCGAAAAAAUAAAAAUAUUAAUUUCUCAUUUCGAUUUUAAAAACGCUAACAGCAGCAGCAGACUUUCAAUGUACUAUGAUAUAAUAUCAACAUUGGAACGGUUGAAAUUGUGUAUUAUGUCACGGCCAAAUGUGUCUUUAUUGAAAAACGAUUCAGUUUUAGAAAAAGUCGUUAUCUCGAAUUUUCAAGUUGACCCCGAAUUCGUCAUUGAUAAACUUAAUAAAAAACAUGAAUUAUUUAUGAGUAAUUUGGAGAUUGUUAUUAAUUAUUUUAAAACAGUUUUGAAUCUUAAUGAUUGCAAAGAAAUCCAAAUGCAUAAUAAACCAAAAAUUAAUAAAUCCAAUUUUGGGAAAAUAGUUGAAUUGCUUACUAUGACAGCAAUGGAAAAUUAUUAUUUACAUAAAAACUAUCAUUUCUAUUCUAGGAGAUUUUAUGGGAAUAGAAGUGAAGAAAUGAAAAAAUUAAUAUCGUCAGAGUGUGAACCAAAUUUGAAUAGAAAUAAAGCAACAUUCGCAAAACUCUAUGAAUUUUUCAGUUUUUUAAAAGAAUAUUCAAAGAAUUUUGUUGACAAUAAGUGCUAUUUGAAGAAUAUUUUGGAAUUGAAUUUAAUAGAUGAUAAAAUUGGUGAUUUUUUAUUUAAAAAAAAUAACUUUACCAGAAAGUCAUUAAUUAACAAUAUAGAAAAAGGAAUAGAAAAUGUAAAACAUUGUUCUAAAUUAUAAGUAGUUUAGUGACUAUUCAAAGCACAUUAUUCUUCGUAAUAUAUUAAUUAUUAAAAUAAUCGCUUACCUUAAGGAUAUUUGAACCAUUAUGACGUUACAGUUUUAAAAUGCACGCUUUGCACAAAUUGUGACGUUAUAAUGGUUCAAAUUUCCUUAAAUAAAAAAUGUAAAUUUCUUCCAAAGGACCCCGAAGGAAAUACAUUAGUUUUAAGUCAAAGUUGAUUUUUCUAUAAGUUUUUUUGAAUUUAAUCAUUUUCUUCAGACUGAAUGAAAACUUAAAAUUCAAAAUUUAUAAAAAAAAUCGACUGGGUUCCAAAACUAAUGUAUUUCCUGCUAGGUCCUUCAGUUCUUUAUUUAAAUUUAAAAGAAAAAUAGAUUUUAUUAAUUGCGAUGGUGAAGAAUUAAAAUAAUUAUAUAGACGCAGUUGUACUAUAACAUUUUAGAAUAUCUAUUCUUAAUGUCAAACUAUGACAGAAAAAUUACUCAAUUUUUAUGUACAUUUUUCUGUCAUAUCAAAUUGUCACGAUUUUGUUUUUUGCCUUUUCGUUUCGAUAGAAUUAAGUAAAUAAUGCGCAAUUGUAAAAAAACAAUCAAUAUGUAAAAUUAAUUGUUACAAAA